AUGGAACAUCCACCAACUCGUGAAGAGCGAGAUGGGGAAUCGCAGACUUCUGGAGACGACGACAACGAUGAAGAACCGGAAGAAGGCGGAAUACAGGCGCCACAAGGCAGCCCGCCCCGCUGCCCGCUUCGCAGCCCGCCCGCCGCGCUGCCCGCUCGCCGCGUCGCCCGCCCGCCCCGCUGCCCGCUCGCCGCGUCGCCCGCCCGCCGCGCUUCCCGCCGAGCUGUGCUGUGGCAGCUUCCUUUGCUCAGUCGCACUGUCGCUAUGGCUUCCAUCCGCGUGCUGUCGUUCGAUGCUGAGGGCCGCCCUGUGAAGUUCGCCACUUGGCUGGAUGACCUGCAGCUGUUCCUUCUGAGCGAUAGCAAGGAGCAUGUGUCGCUCUAUGAUUACGCGUCUGGUGCUGCACCUGCCCCCCCUGCCACAGCUGAGCUUAGUGUUCGUUCCCACUGGCAGACUCGUGACGCAGCUGCUCGCCUAGCCAUUCGCAGUCACCUGCCGCUAGCUGAGCUCGAGCAUUUUGGCGACUGCAAAUCCGCUAAGGCCCUGUACGAUGCUGUCGUUGCUCGCUACUCCUCGCCUGCCACAGCCGAGCUUAGCCGCCUCAUGCUGCCGUACCUGUUCCCUGACCUGUCCACCUUUGCUACAGUCGCCGAUCUUAUCACCCACCUUCGCACUAGUGAUGCUCGCCUGCGUGCCGCCCUUCCCACCGAGUUCUGCGCUAAGAAUCCCCCUCCACUGUACUGGACACUCCACUUCAUAGUCACCCGUCUCCCUGACACCCUCAGCUCAGUUCGAGACCACUUCCUUGCUCGCUGUCCCACUGAGCUCACAGUCGCCCUCCUAGAGGAGCAGCUGCUAGCGGCCGAAAAGAGCAUUGUAGCUGUCGGUGCUGCUCGUGGCGCUCCUCGCACCCCCAUCUUUGAGGGGUGUUCUCCCUCUCCCCUCGCUCCCUCCUACGCUACUGCUGCUGCUGUUGACUUCCUUGGUGCUGAGUCUGCUGGCGCUGCUUCUGCUCCUGGUGGGAGGCGCCGCACCGGCAAGGGCAAGGGGGGCAAGGGUGGCGGGGGUGGCGCUGGGGGGGGAGGAGGUGGGGGAGGUGGGGGGGGAGGCGGUGCUGGAGGGAGCGGUGGCGGGAGCGCUGGUGGGAGUGGGGUCGGCGGUGGAGGCGGGGGCGGCGGAGGAAGCAGUGGCAGUGGUGGCGGCGGCGGCGGUGGCGGCGGUGGCGGUGGUGGCGGUGGUGGCGGUGGCGGUCGGAGCGGUGGUAGUGGUGGCGGCGGAGGUCGGAGUGGAGGCACUGGCUCGGGCCAGAGCUCCCAGCAGCAGCAGCGUCCCCAGACGACCCAGCAGCUUCGUGAGUGGCUUGCUCAGCGUGGGACGUCGGGGGGCAGUGGCCGCUGUUCCUAUGUCAUUCGCACAGGUGACCGCAAGGGACAGACGUGUGGGAGGUUCCACACCCCGUACCGCUGCUUCUCCCGCCUUGACGACGCUUGGCGUGAGGAGAUGGGCGAGGAUGUUGAGCGCCCCCGCUGGGCUGAGCUCAUGAGGGCUGGUGUUGAUAUCUUUGCUCUUGACUAUGAUGCUAUUAUUGCUGCCAUGUAUGCAUUGACUGUUAGUGCCGAGGGAGACUGUUACUUGUGUGUGCCGCCUGACCCAGGUAUAGAGCCCGCUGCCCUGGGUACUAGUGAGUCUGCUCUCUCUGGUAUGGUGCCCCCUGUACUUGCUCCCUCCAGUGCUGUCCCGGCUGUUUGCGAGUCUGCUCUCUCAGGUACAGCACCCACAGAGACUGCUCUCUCAGUACUGAGCUCACACCGCUUCCUGCACCGGUCCCAGUCUCCUUGGCUGACCCCUCUGGGGGCCCAGUCCUUGCCCAGUCCACCACUGUCCUCCCUUGUCCGGCGGUUCCGUCUGGCUCGUUGA